AUGAAUUCCCUUCGCUCACUCAAAAACUUUAUCACUGGAGGGGUUGCUCGAAACGCAAUCGGACCGGACAGUACUGAUGAUAGCAAUCACGAUGAUUACUCUGAGUUUCAACCACUCGUCAUUCGGCGUAUUUGGGCUCCUGCUCCAAAUGAUGAUGAAGAUAUCACGAAAUGGGAUAAUCAAACCAGAGGUUCUAGGAUUAUCGACUACCUAAAGCUCAAAUUCGAAGAUGAAAAUGAUAGAGAUGAAACAUUGAAUGCUGAUUGUCAUGCAAUGCAUCAGUUCUUUACGCAAAAUCGAAAUUCUGAUCAAUUCUUGACUCGAAAGACUGAUGAAGAUGUAUCUACAGAAAUUUCUUCUUUUUGGAAAUGCAAGUCGUCACCUAGAUUCGUAAGUCAUGGUGAAUCUGAGAGUCAGAACAAAGCUGAAGAUCAGAUGGAAACGAAAGUUGGCGUUGAACUUGAGAUGAACCCCAGUUAUAAAGAAUGGACAGACCUGAGAAAAGACUUCAAAGAUAGUUUGAAUACCACUUCGAAAGAUCAAUUAAGUUCAUUCGACUUCACUCUGGAAAUGAUCGCGUCUCUUGGAGCAUUAGAUAGAGAAGAGGAUCACGAUCAAAAUGAACUGUAUAUACCUAUCACCAUCGAAGAUUAUUUGCAUGACCAAUUGAUGUUGAUGACUAAAUCCACCAACGAUGGGUGCCAUACAAGUAUCAAUUAUGAAUUUGUGGAUCCCGCUCUGGCCGAUAUGAAAAAGCAUCAGAAAGCUGCUAAUGACAUCUGGGCGAGGAAAAGACAGGCUUUAGAGAGUUUAGUAGAAGAUGGAGGAGAUACAAGAUCAAGAAGGGGACAUGAAUAG